AUGGAGUGGAUUGAUUUGCCGGAUGACUCCAAGAGAGAGGUCUUCAAGAGAUUGGAUCUCAUGAGCAGAUAUGCCAUGAGAUGUGUCUCUCAUGCCGAUCGGGAAGUCGUGGACUCCACUGAUUUGUAUGUUCCACGUGUCAGAUUCUCGCAGGGACGUGAUAACAAAGCUCUGAUUGUUGUUUACACUGGAAUUGAGGAGUUCUUGAGAAUGGAGUUCUCGGAGAUGAAAGAGGCAAGAGGAACUAUGAUUCAUCGCCUUCAAAACAGCUACGACUUGAACGAGGCCUCUGUUAAAGUGCUCCCUUACGAUGAGAAAACGUCUGUUGAAGUAGCUGGAUCAAUCCUCAAAACUCUCUUUGUCCAUAAAUCAAUUCUCAUCGGAACAAUGGAAUUCGAGUUUUCAGAAGGAAGUGAAAUGAUUCAAAUAAUAACUUUCGGUUUGCUUACUCGUUCUCUGGAUGGUAAUCCAUUGUACCCAGUCAAUGUAUUCCGAGUGAAGAAGAUGGCAACCAAUUGGUACAUGAAAAGUGAAGUUAUCAAUGCAAUUCGAGAAGUACUUCUCUCCAAAGAAGACUUGGUUGAAUCGGAUAAUGAUAUUCUCAAAAUUUAUCCAAACAUGGCACCUCCAGUAAUGGCUUUCGACAGAACUUUUGAAAUUGAUGAUCGCCAGAAAAUCUUUCGUCAAACUCGAACUUUUAUGGGUGUGAAUAUGCAGACGUUGCUGAAUUAUGCAAGAACUACCGAUGGAAUGACAACUGGUCGUUUUAUUAAAGAUGAACAACGUGCUAUUUGGGAUCUAGAUCCUACUCCAAUCACGAGAUUCAGCGACCAAAUUCAGAUGAAACGUUUCAUGAACGAGUCAUACGGUCUUGUGGUUCGCUAUUACAAAUCUGAUUGUGGAGUCUGGAUGCAUAUAAUGCCACCACACUUCGAGAAGAAAUUUGCCACUUUCUUGAAGAAUGAAACCUGUGGUCUCCGCUAUCUUUGCAAGAAGUGUGCAGAUCCAUUCGAGUAUUGGUUCUAUCAGAAUCUGCCACGUCGUCUCUGCAAUGAACCGGAAUGGCUCAACAUCAUCUAUCGUCCUUAUGCUCGUUUCCCAAAUGAACUCAAGAAAUACAACAAAAUAGUUGAGGAGUCGUUGAAAGUCGCUGCAGAGGACGAGAAAAGAAGAAAGAAGGCGGCGAAGAAUAAGAGAAGAAAGGAGAAACAAUUGGCUGGCGUCGAGACUCCAGAAGUUGAAGUUAUCAAGUCGUGGGGAUUCAAAAAGACUGCCGCCAAAAAUAAUUGA